GGCUAUUUCUUAAGGAAAACUUUACUAAAUACAAAUUGCGAAAUGAGCGAUUACGAUUCAAAGUUGGAUAUGUUUGAUGCCCUGAUUUACGGGAAAACAGUUUCCCAAAUGGGCGAAUUUGCACCGGGAACCUCUUCUAGAAGGAGACGGAAAUCCUCGCCGGAAGCUGAACGUCAGCCAUAUAUUACCGAAAGUAACACAGAAUAUGUUGAAAAAUAUCGUCAAGAAGAAAGACAAAAAGUCUUGGAAGCUGCUACCCUAACACAGAGCUUUGUGGAAUGCAGAAUGAGAGGUGCUGGCAUGAGCAUGCUUGAAGAUGAAUCCACCCUCUGCGAAGACAUGCUCAAUGCUUUGGAUAUUGAUGGUCUUCAAGCAAAGGCAGCUGCUUUCAAUGAGUACAAUUUUGAGGCACCUAACCGAAGUCCAUUGGCAAUAGACAAUCAAAGAACAGCCAUUCUUGAUCUUCUCAAAAAAGAAAAUGUCAUCAUCAUUAAGGGUUUUACCGGUUGUGGCAAAACCACUCAAGUUCCUCAGUUCGUUUUAGAUGAGUGCUACAGAACCAAAACUCCCUGCAAUAUUGUCGUGACUCAACCAAGGCGAAUUGCAGCCAUUAGCAUAGCCAAAAGGGUCUGCUAUGAAAGAAAUUGGACAUUGGGAACCGUUGUUGGAUACAGAGUUGGCAUGGAACGUCAAACAAGUGAGUCAACAUUGCUCACCUAUGUGACCACAGGAUGCCUUCUUGAAGCAUUGGUAGCAAAAAAAUCCCUUGAAGGCUAUACCCACAUCAUUGUUGACGAAGUACACGAGAGGGAUGAAGACACUGACUUACUUCUCCUGGUCGUCCGCAAGUUCCUCCGUCAUACGAAAACGACAACCAAAGUCAUUCUGAUGUCAGCCACUGCUGAUGCCGGCAAAUUUGCGCAAUAUUUCAAUAGUCCCGUCAUGGAAGGCUUCCCGAAUAAGGCCGAAAGACCCUUUCGCAACGCUCCCAUAAUUGAAGUGGAUCCCGGUGAGCCUCACGCCGUCCGCGUUUACUAUAAAGAACAGCUCCAGGAACUAGAGUUUCUCGCAGCGAGUAUGCACUUUCCCGAUGAUGGUGAACCGAGAAUCCAUAAGCACAAAUACGACGCAGUUGCUAAGUUGAUUGCGGCUAUCGAUGGCAAACGCGAGAUCCAGCGCUACGGUCGUCAUCCAGAGUAUGAAAACAUUUCUAGCGUUCGCAGCGCCUUUCUUAUAUUCCUGCCCGGCGUGGCUGAAAUUGAGAACAUGCACAAGGCUUUGCUCGACUAUGAUAGCACUGCGAAUCUCAAGAACUAUUGGUACAUCCUACCACUGCACUCCCGGAUCACCAGUGAAGAGCAAAAUCGCGUCUUCCAGCCCAUGUCGAGUCUAGCACCGAAUUUGAGACACUUCCGGAAAAUCAUUCUAUCCACUAAUAUCGCCGAAAGUUCGCUCACAGUUCCAGACAUCACCUACAUCGUUGAUUUCUGUCUCAUGAAGCAGCUCGUCACGGAUCCAGAGACCAAUUUUUGUUCACUCAAGGUUGAAUGGGCUCCUAAGAGUAGCUGCGUCCAGCGAAGAGGCCGCGUCGGUCGUGUUAACGAGGGUGUCGUUUAUCGAAUGAUCUCUGAAUCCUUUUACAACAAUGUCCUGCCGGAUGACGUAACUCCCGAGAUCCUUCGCUGUCCUUUGGAGCAAGCCGUUCUGCGUACCAAAUUGUUGGAUUUAGGGGCUCCGGUGGCUCUACUGGCACUUGUCAUCGACCCCCCUAGGUUGGAUAACAUUGCACGAACCAUUCUGACGUUGAAAGAAAUGGGAGCCCUUUUCGCUACAGCGAACGGCGUUGUCUCCGCAUUGGAUGGUGACUUGAGUUACCUUGGUCGUGUCGUCUCACGUCUCCCAAUGGACGUCCACUUGGGCAAGCUCGUAAUGCUCGGGUACGUGUUCAACAUCCUGGAAGAGUGCAUCAUUAUGGCUGCCGGGCUCAGUUCAAAGAACAUCUUCACUUCUCCUUAUCAAAAAAAGUUGCUGGCCUAUCAAGUCAAAAUGGCAUGGGCAGAAGGCUCGUUUAGCGAUCCCAUUACUAUUCUAAAUGCAUAUCAAGUCUAUAAAAACUAUGUGCAUAAGGAGCAUUUUAAAAGGAGUGGGCAAUCGGAAACUGUUAGAGAAAAGCGCUGGGCUGAAGAACAUUUCAUCGAGCUCAAAGCACUCAAGGAGAUGGAUCGAUUGGUGAUCGAAAUCAAAGAUCGAUUGAAAUCCAUUGGUAUUGAGGAGGCGAUUGGGCCUAAUAUCAGACCUUUAACAGAAAGCCAAAAGGCGUUGCUGCUUCGCGUCGUCCUCUUUGGCGCUUUCUACCCCAAUUACUUUUCGCGGGACGCCGUUGCUGGCCAGAUCGAUGAACGCGAAGCUGUCAAGAGUCUCUGUGGAUUGGAUCCUUUUCGCACGGUCCGCCUUCAAGGAUUUCCUCUUGACCAACCUCCAAAAGCUUACGUCCGUCAAAUCAAGAACAACAUGUCCGAAAUCUUCAAUAUGCUGAAAGAGGAUACGUGGAAUGCCAAGAUAACAUUCGAUUCGCAGCGGGUCUUCAUCCAAUUCCACCAAGAAGGCAAUCCCUUCCAACAUAAGCGAGUUCCCGGAAGGAUUUGUUUGCCCGUUUAUCUGGCUGUAAAACAAAAGCAACUCGGAUCGAACUACACACUUCAAUUGCUUGAUAGAAGGGUUGCCGAAAAGUACACUUCUAUGGUGGAAGAAUCGGCUAAACGACUGUUGAACGUUAGCGACGUGGAAUCGGUGGUGUCCAGUGUGAGCAAUCGAAGUGAAGUGCCUUACGUCCUGCAGAUCCCGCCGCCUCGACUUCCCGAACUACAUGAAAACGAAAUACUCGUAAGCGUGUGCCACGUUGAGGAGCCCAAUCAUUUCUGGUGUCAUCGUCUAGAUGAUCGCUCUAAACGUGAUUACACUCACAUCAACAAGCUGAUCGGUCCGCAGGGCCGCUACUUGGAACCGUGGGAUCUUUCCGUGCCCGUCCACAAGGGCAAAUUGGUGAUGGGUCCAUACAAUGUUAACAAUGAUUUGGUAGAAUAUUAUCGAGCCAAAGUGCUGAGCGCGCAACAGCACGGACCGACUGCUGAACGUCUCGUCCGUCUCUACUUCAUUGAUUUCGGUAAUGCCGGCGAAGCCACCAUCAAGAAUUUGAGGGUAGUUCCUGAUGGCUUGCUGAAGUUCCCGCCAUUGGCUAUUGAAUGCUAUCUGACUGGUGUGGGUCCAUCGUUGAUUAAUGAUCCGAAAGGAAACUGGACAAAGUCAGCUAAAGAAUGGUUUGAAGAGCGCACGGUAGAUCAACAACUCACAGCCAGGGUGUUCUCUGUCGUCAACGGAAUAACCACGAUGGAUCUGAUUCAACAAGGUGGUAAUUGGGAUAAUCCGAUCUCUUCCGAAAUGUUGACACUCAAUCACGCUGUUAGAGUGGAGGAAUCUUUCAUGAACAAACAAGACAAUGAACAGCGCCGAUCCGCACAAGAAACCAAACCCAAUUCACACAUGGCUCGCUACAGACAACGAGAAUUGGAGGAACAAAGAUCCAUUGCUGCCGAGUUUUUAGCAAUGGAACACGAAGUGAAUGAGCCAAAGCACUCCAACGCCAUGUUGCACAAACUUCAGGGUCCUUACAGUCCGUUGGAAAUGAGAAUGUACGGCAAAGUACACGCACUUUUAGGUACCAUUCUCAAAAUUGAAGACGAUUCUGUGAAUUCGGUCAUGUUGGACGACCAGCCUGGUGAUAAUCACGAACGGGUACUCGUGGCUGCGCAUAUCGGAUCUCAAAUGACCACCAAUCGUGUGAUUGCGCGGAGUACUACGUUGCUUCCAAACAUUCCAGGAUUGCCUGCCAUUUUGACACUCCUUUUUGCGCCGAGAGCUGAAUUCCGAGCAGAUACGAAUAGAACUCGUCUUACUGGUGCCAUUUGUGGGCUGGGUUACGAUCAAGCGAAGAAGCAGUCCUUCUAUCCAGAACACGACAUGGAAGUCGCGUUUGAUUCUGAAAUAUCUCUUUCCGAUGUGCUCCUCAUCAACAAGAUUCGAUUUUGGUUGAAUUCGGUCAUGGGUGCAGCUUCCUACGGUCAUCACCAUGCUGCUCCGUCCAAAGAGCGCAUGCGAGAAGUUAGCCAGAAAACGAUAGGAUUCUUGUUUGAAUUGAUCACGAAACCACGCCAAGACGUAGAAGUCAUUCCCUCGACUAGUUACAAAUGGAAUCUCGUGAAACCUGAACACGUUCUACACUCGGACGUUCCAGAAAGUCAGCUGGAUACUUUGAUUCCGCUCCACGACUGCAUUAAGAUUGUUCCAUGAAGACAUUCAUCGAGGUUGAUGGAAGCUUUGGAGAUCUUUUUUGUUAAACUGUUGGUUAUUAAUUAUGUCGAUUUGUAAAUUCGGAAAUGAAUAUCUGAGCGGGAGAAGUAUUCUCUUCUGAUUCGUACAUUGAUACCGUUGGUCGUAUUCUUGAACCUGAAAACUUGC